AUGCUCAAAUCAGAUGAAAUUCUUGAAAAAUUGGAGCCUGAUUCAAAAGAUGUUUUUGUUGAAGGCUUGAUUGAUAUGUAUAUCAAUCGAUCUGAUGAAAUGAAAAAUGUCUGUUUAGCUGAUUUUGCAUCGUUAUAUAAUAUAUCAAAGAAAAAAACAGGCUAUACUGAAAUUAUAGAAAAUUCUGAUAAUGAAGAUAUCAUCGACGAUGAAAUUAAUGACAAGAAUACUGCUUUGAAGAUGAAAGAUGAAAAAGAUUUGAUUCGACAGAAAAGAUCUGAAUAUGUUCAUCGUGAAGCCAAUGAAUUUGAGCAAGCUUUUGAAGAGCAUAUGGAAAGAGAAAUUGAAAAUAAUAUCGAUGAUACAAAUGUUGAAUAUGAUCAAGAUAAGAAUGAAUUUCUCAUUUAUGAAAUAGGAAAUAAUGAAGGCGAUAUCUUUGUUGAAAUGGGACUCAAUACUCGAACUGAAAAAGUUGAACAUUUUAAUGCUCCUAAAAUAAUACCAGAUACUGAAUAUCAGGAACUGAUGAGAAGCCUCAAUAAUAAUCAAAGAAGAUAUACUUUAAAUGUGAUGAAUUUGAUAAAAAAAUGGAGAUAA